AUGCUGUCUUUAAGAAGCAACAGAAAGAUUCUGAACAUGAAACUCUCUUGGCUCAUGAUCUGGGCUGAAAUACUGUUUUUGAAUCCAGUCACAGCUGACUGUAACAUUACUUCUCAAACAGUCAUUUGUAAGGAGUCUGGAAAGAAUCUCCAUACUAUCCCUGCUAAUCUUUGCCAAAAUGUUACAAAACUAAGCCUCAAAAAUAACAAAAUAACUUUAAAUGAUUCUGACAAAAAGGUUCUUCAAAGGCUUACUAACCUCACUGAACUCUACUUAAAUGAAAAUGUAAUUACUGUACUGUAUAAUAACAGCUUCUGCAAGCUGACAAAACUCACAAUUCUGGAUAUCAGCCAUAAUCAUAUUAUCACAGUACAUCAAGCAGCAUUUGUAGGCUUAAAUCAACUGACAAAGCUGAAUCUAUUCCAUAACAAUAUUACUCAAUUAGAUUCGGAUGUGUUUACAUCGUUAAAGAGUCUGAAAGUUUUGAAUCUACAGGAUAACCUAUUAAAAUCUUUUCAUAUAAAAUCCUCUUUUAAGUUGAUUACAAUCAUCUUGGCUGGAAACCCAUGGAACUGUUCCUGUGACCUUCUUGAUUUACAGAAAUGGCUAACUACCUCCAGCGUGACAAUGGAAAAUGAAAACAACACUUUAUGUGCAUUUCCAAACACCAAGAAAAUAAUUUCUAUCAGGACUGCAGUUAUCCAAACAACAGACUGUGAUUUUAAAAAAGAUUCUUUAGAAAACACUGUAACUUCCACUUCUGUCAAUAAGCUUAGAAGUACUGCCUUUCUAACAUCUCUGGCUUCUUCAAACAACACUAUUGGAAACAAUGGAACGCAUGCAGAGUUACCACUUGGCAAAAGUUGGACCUUCCUAGUGGGUGUCCUAGGAUUUGUCCUAAGUACCACACUUCUGAUUUUUACUGCUAUAAAAUGCCCAACAUGGUAUCGCUAUUUGAUCAGCUACAGUCACCGUCGUCUGGAAGAAAAUGACCCAGAGAUGUUUGAACAGGAGUUCUCAGCUGAUAUGAAUUCUUUUUCUACUGUAUCAGAUACAAACAAUGAGCAUUCUAUAGUAAUAUUUGAGAAAAUCCAUGCAUUUGUGCCUGAGGAAGAUGGAUUUAUUGAAGAUAAAUAUAUAGAUACGCAUGGAAUAUCUGAGGAGAACUAA